UGGGUAAAUCUCUCCGCAGGAGUUUGCUGCUGCUGUGCUGCGCUGCGACCUCGCUACAAGCGGCUGGUAGACAACAUCUUUCCUGAAGAUCCAAAAGAUGGUCUUGUUAAAGCUGACAUGGAGAAACUGACUUUCUAUGCAGUUUCUGCACCAGAGAAGCUGGAUCGAAUUGGGGCUUACCUGGCAGAGAGACUGACCAGGGAUGUGGCCAGACAUCGCUAUGGUUAUGUUUUAAUUGCCAUGGAGGCACUGGACCAACUUCUAAUGGCUUGCCAUUCUCAAAGCAUAAAACCAUUUGUGGAAAGUUUCCUUCAUAUGGUGGCCAAGCUUCUGGAAUCGGGCGAACCAAAGCUGCAAGUCCUUGGGACUAAUUCUUUUGUCAAAUUUGCCAACAUUGAAGAAGACACACCUUCAUACCACAGGCGCUACGACUUCUUCGUGUCGCGGUUCAGUGCCAUGUGUCAUUCCCGUGACCCUGAUCCAGAAAUACAAAAUGAGAUCCGAAUUGCUGGAAUCAGGGGCAUCCAGGGAGUGGUUAGAAAAGCAGUUAAUGAUGAGCUUCGAGCAACCAUAUGGGAACCCCAGCACAUGGACAAGAUAGUGCCAUCCCUGCUGUUCAACAUGCAGAAAAUAGAAGAUAUUGACAGCAGAAUAGGCCCCCCAUCCUCUCCUACAGUAGGAGUGAAAGAAGAAAAUCCUUCUGUGCUGGCUGAGAAUUGUUUCAGGGAACUACUGGGACGAGCAACCUAUGGAAAUAUGAACAAUGCUGUCAGACCAGUUUUUGCGCAUUUAGACCAUCAUAAGCUGUGGGAUCCUAAUGAAUUUGCUGUUUCCUGCUUUAAAAUCAUCAUGUAUUCUAUACAGGCACAAUAUUCCCAUCAUGUAAUACAAGAAAUCCUUGGACACCUUGAUGUCCGCAAAAGGGAUUCAGCACGAGUUCGUGCUGGCAUUAUUCAGGUUCUUCUGGAAGCAGUUGCAAUAGCAGCUAAAGGAUCAAUAGGCCCAACAGUUCUGGAGGUUUUUAACACCUUGUUGAAGCACCUGCGCAUCAGCGUUGACUUUGAGCUGAGUGACCGGCGCAAUUCCUGUGAAAGCUCCACUUUAAGCAUCAGCUCCAAGGAGAGUGAUGAGAGGAUUGUCCAGAAUGCAAUUAUUCAAACAAUUGGAUUUUUUGGAAGCAAUCUUCCAGAUUACCAGAGAUCAGAGAUUAUGAUGUUCAUUAUGAGCAAAGUACCUGUUUUGGGAGCAACUUCACAAUCGCUGGAUCCCAGUAACCUUGGAGAUUUGGGAACAAGGAGGAUUCAAAUCAUGUUAUUGAGAUCUUUACUUAUGGUGACUUCAGGAUACAAAGCCACAACAAUAAGUAAUGCCCUUCCUGCCCCCUUUCUGGACCCAUUGCUGUCUCCUUCACUCAUGGAGGACUCGGAGCUGAGGCAGCUGGUGCUGGAAAUCCUGCACAACCUCAUCGACCGGCACGACAACAGAGCCAAGCUCAGAGGGAUCAGAAUAAUACCAGAUGUUUCUGAUCUAAAGAUAAAACGAGACAAGAUUUCAAGGCAGGACGUGAGCUUCAUGAAAAAGCAUGGUCAGCAGUUGUACAGACACAUCUACCUAGGCUGCAAAGAAGAAGACAAUGUCCAGAAGAACUUUGAACUCCUGUUUACAUCCCUAGCUCUUACCACAAUAGAACUGGCCAAUGAAGAAGUGGUGAUUGACCUCAUUCGAUUAGCGAUUGCCUUGCAGGACAUUGCCAUCAUCAAUGAGGAUAAUCUGCCAAUGUUUAAUCGCUGUGGUGUCAUGGCAUUGGUUGCAGCGUAUCUAAACUUCCUGAGUCAGAUGAUUGCAGUGCCUGCCUUCUGUCAGCAUGUCAGCAAGGUCAUUGAAACCAGAAGUGUGGAAGCAGCUUAUUUUCUACCAGAAACAAUUUUCAAAGACAAAUCCAAUCUUCCAAAAUCCUUAGAGAAGGAUGAAACAGAUCUGUUUUUCCUGACCAACAAGAUUGCAGAAUCAUUAGGAGGCAGUGGAUACAAUGUGGAAAGACUGUCAGUUCCAUAUGUGCCCCAGGUAACAGAUGAGGACAGACUCUCCAGGAGGAAGAGUAUUGUGGACACAGUGUCUCUUCAGGUGGAUAUUCUGUCUGGCUGCGGCGUAGAGGAUAAGGUUGAUAAUACUGAAGAAAUCACCUUUGAAGCUUUGAAGAAAGCCAUUGAUAACAAUGGACUUGAAGAACAGGAAAAGGAAAAGAGGCGUCUUGUGAUUGAGAAGUUCCAAAAAGCACCAUUUGAAGAAAUUGCAGCUCAAUGUGAAACCAAAGCAAACUUGCUUCAUGAUAGACUGGCACAGAUACUGGAACUCACCAUCCGUCCUCCACCCAGCCCCUCAGGAACGAUGACCAUGACUGCUGGACAUCCUCAUUACCAUUCUGUUCCAGUCUAUGAGAUGAAGUUUCCAGAUCUUUGUGUGUAUUAAGUGUCUUCUGAAGUCUGCUGGACAUUAUUUAGAGUAGAGUACAAUAGAAAGAACAAGAUGAGUUUUCAAAUUUUAUUGUUUAUUGUAUCUAACUUUAAUAUAAUGAUGGACAUGAGCCAAAUACAGAUUAUUUUAGCCAAAUUCAUGAAACUGUCUUGAAUUGUUUUAUUCUGUAAUAUAUUUUGAGUUAGGUUUUUCACAGACCAUGUUUCUUCAUUUUCGUAUUUGAGUACAUGUAAAAGAUUUAAAACUUGUCUUGCCAUAUAGGUAAAUAUUUCAGUUACUCUAGGAAUUUGUAUUGCUUCAAAUUCCUUUAAUUUGAGAUAUUGUAACUGAAAAACCUAUUAAAGCCUUUGUUUGGUUUGGUUUUUUGGUUUUUUUUGGUUGGUUUUUUUUUGGUUGGUUGUUUUGUUGUUUGUUUGUUUGUUUUUUUACUCCUCUCCUCCUCAAUUCUCUGUCAAACUAGAAUGCUUUUGGCUUGCUUCAUCUCAUUCAGUGUAACCAGGGGAGCCCAGCCUGAGCUCCCUCUUGUUCCUGCUGUCACAGCUGCUCAACUUGUUUGGUUUGGAAUGGUUGGAAAAACCAAUACCUUACAUGUGUUCAAAUACAGUGAAUGAGUUAAUGAGCACUUAUUAAGUAUAUUUUGAUGCAUCACAUAACAUGCUUUUUAGAUAGCUACAUCCAGUAUAUGUACUGUGUUUCUUGCUAAAAGUUAAAUCUUAAGCUUUGCAUAAGAGAGGAGAAAUCUCCUCUUGAAGCACGGAAUUGUGCAAUAUAUUUCAUGUCUUAAGAUGUAUGGUUUACAGACUGUACUUUUGAAAACACUGUAGUAUUUUACUGUCUGCUUUAGUAUAAAUACAGGAGAGAUAUAUUUAGUAUAGCAGAAAAUAAACUGAGGGCAUUUUAAAUCAUAAAUACUAAAACUAUAUUCUGUGAGACAUUUCUCUGUAGUUUAUAACAGCUUUUUAGUGAUAUUUUAGAAAUUGAAAGUAAACUCAAUGAAACCAUUAAAAGAUCAAGAAUUUAUUACAUAUAUUUUCAAGCAAAAGCAUUUUUAGAGACGCAUCUCUGUGUUUGUUUUUGUUUCAUUUCUCAAACCUUUAAGGUAAAUUUCAUAGGUUUAUGUAUCUGAGCAUAUACUAUUCAAAUGUAAAUAAAGUAAAACUGAUAAAGUAAAUCAUGGACAUUUGAUGAUAAUCAUCAAGGCUGUCUUAAUGACUCACUAAAUCCUGCCAGCAAAAAAAGAUAAACAGCAUUCAUUGAUGCCAUGAACAUUAAAUCUGAAGUCCCUUAAUUUAUCUGAAUCUGACUGGGCAGUGUAAACAUGAAUGAAUGCUCUCAAAUAUCUAUAAUAAAUGUAGACAUUUAAUUGAGUGUUUUGGAUGAACAGUGAACAUGAAGAAAGUAACUGAACCUCAGUUAGGCCUGCUUUGAGCAGGGACUUGGUUUAGAUGACUUUCAGAAGUCCCAACCUAAAUUAAUCUUUGAUUGCAUAACUCAUGUUCUGAAGGAUUAUUGGCCCUGCUAAUUUGCUGACUGGAGCAUUUGCAAACCCAUUGUAAAAAGGAUUUUAAAUUUUUUUAACAGUAGUCCAGUAUUGUAGUGGACGAUGUUUAAAGGCCUGAUGUGGCAUGACAUAGAGAAAUAUCAGCUACUUAAACCUAUGAGAUGACAUGCUGAGUUUCAGAAAGCAUUCACAAAGCUCAAAAGGUAAUUGAGACCUUCUUUUCAGUUUAACAGUGCAAUCACAGCUGUUAGUGGAUGACGAAACAACCCCUUAUCUACAGCAUUCCGUUGUGAUUUUUACUGCUGCAGCGUGU